AUGACGAAAGGUAAAGAUGUUCGAGUAACGGUUAUUUUGGAAUGUACUAGUUGUAUCCAAAAAGAUAUUAAUAAGGAAAAGGCAUCAACGGGAAUUUCUAGAUAUAUUACUCAAAAGAAUCGACACAAUACGGCUAAUCGAUUGGAAUUGAGAAAAUUCUGUCCCUAUUGUUAUAAACAUACAAUUCACGGGGAGAUAAAGAAAUAG